AUGGACGAAAUCACGCCGGUCCCGGGCCCGGCCUCGACCCGUGAGCCUGUCGCUUCUGUUCCUGCCACGACACCCACCAACAACCCCGACGAUGCCGCCGCCGCCGCGCCUGCUUCGUCUGAAGACAUUGCGAGAGAUAUCCUCGACUCCGAGCCCGCCCCGGAAGGCAGCCCCUUUGCCUUCUCCACCACCCAACUCUACAAGCUGCUGACGUACCGCAGCCUCGCCGCCCUCGACGUCUUCGGCGGACUCUAUGGCCUGGCCGGUGGCCUGCGGGCCAACGUUCAGACCGGCCUCAGCGCUGACGAGACCAAGCUGCCCGGCAAGAUAUCAUUUGAAGAGGCAGUCGCUGCCGCGCGGGAGGAGCGCGACCCCGUCCUCCAGCAGGUGUUGCCCCCGCGAUCCACGCCCACCGGCCUCACACUUCGCCUGGGUGACGAGCCCGACACUCACUUCCUCGACCGACGCCUUGUGUACGGCGCCAAUCGCCUGCCCCGACGACCCCAAAAGUCCUUCUUCCGCCUCAUGUGGAUCGCCUUCAACGACAAGCUCCUUAUCCUGCUUACCAUCUCCGCAUGCAUCUCUCUCGCUAUCGGUAUCUACCAGUCUGUUGACGCCAAGACCAAGAAUGCAAACAUUGAGUGGGUGGAUGGCGUUACCGUUGUCAUCGCCAUUCUUGUCAUCAUCUUUGCCAGCGCCGCCACCGAUUGGCAGAAAAACCACAAAUUCGAGAAGCUAAACGAGCGCAAGUCCCAGCGCGAUGUCGCCGUCAUGCGCUGCGGCCGCAUCCAGCAGGUCUCCGUCUACGAUGUCAUGGUCGGCGACAUCUUGCACAUUGAAGCUGGCGAGGUUCUCGCUGCGGAUGGUGUCCUUGUUCGCGCCGCCGGCUUGCACGUAGACGAAUCCUCCGUCUCCGGCGAGACCGGUCUCGUUCACAAGACGGUCGCUAACGACCACGACCCUGCGCAUGCCACCCGUGCCGACCCUUUCCUCUUCAGCGGCACCACUGUCUGUCGCGGUGUAGGCCAGUACCUUGUUACUGCCGUCGGCGCCAACUCGACCUACGGACGGACCCUCAUUUCACUCCGGGAAGACGUCGAAGAGACGCCCCUGCAAGCCAAGCUCGGCCGACUCGGAAAGCAGCUGAUCCUCUUUGGUGCCGCUGCCGGCUCCGUCUUUUUCCUUAUCCUAUUCAUCCGCUUCAUGGCCAACUUGGAUCAACUCAAUGGCUUCGGCCCAUCCGAAAAGGCAGAGAGAUUCUUUGGCAUCUUGAUCCUUGCCAUCACUGUCGUCAUCAUCACCGUCCCCGAAGGCCUCGCCCUGAACGUCACGAUCGCUCUCGCUUUUGCUACCAAGCGCAUGCUGAAAGACAACAACCUUGUUCGCCUCAUCCGAUCCUGCGAAAUUAUGGGCAACGCUACGACCGUUUGCUCUGACAAGACUGGCACCUUGACGCAGAACAAGAUGACGGUUGUUGCUGGUCGCAUCGGCCUGGAGUGCAGCUUCGACGAUACCGAUCCCAAAGAUGCCGUCGCCGGUCCUACUGCUCCCGGUACAAUUGUCAGGGGCGACACGUCGAGCUAUGCAACUUCUCAUCUAUCCACGCAGAUUCGCGAUCUGUUGAAGGACAGCAUCGCUCUGAACUCAACCGCAUUUGAGACUGAUGAUAGCGCCAAGCCCAGCUACGUCGGAUCUAGCACGGAAACCGCCCUGCUCAAGUUCUCUCACGACCACCUCGGCAUGGGCCCGCUACGCGAAGAGCGUGCCAAUUCACCUGUCCUCACCAUGUUUCCCUUUGACUCGACUAGAAAGUGGAUGGCUGUGCUUAUCAAGUUACCCAAUGGACAUUAUCGAUUGCUUAUCAAGGGUGCCGCCGAGGUUGUCUUUGAGUACUGCGCUUAUACCAUCCCCGACCCCGAAGAUCCACACAAUAUGGACCGUCUGAGCGAGGAGAACCGCGCCAGCAUACGGGAAUCUAUCCAGGAGUACGCCGGACAGAUGCUGCGCCCCGUUGCGCUUGCCUUCCGUGACUUUGAAGCGUCGGAAGUUUUUGAGAAUCCCGAUGAGGAUCCGGCCGCGGUCAACCUGGAAUGGCUUGCUUCCGGCCUUGUGCAUAUUGGCGUGUUUGGCAUCAGAGAUCCGCUUCGGCCAGAAGUUGUGGAUUCUGUCAAGAGAUGCCAGGAUGCUGGUGUCUUUGUUCGCAUGAUUACCGGUGAUAACUUUGCGACAGCCAAGGCGGUUGCGACUGAAUGUGGUAUUUACACCUCUGGUGGAAUCGCUAUGGAUGGGCCAACUUUUCGACGAUUAUCCCCUGAGCAGCUCGACAGCGUUAUCCCCCGACUGCAAGUUCUCGCACGAUCUAGCCCGGAAGAUAAGCUACUCUUGGUAUCACGUUUGCGCGGCAUGAACGAAACCGUUGCCGUGACCGGAGACGGCACCAACGACGCUCUUGCAUUGAAGGCGGCUGAUGUGGGCUUCGCUAUGGGUAUACAAGGCACAGAGGUAGCAAAGGAGGCCGCUUCGAUUAUCCUGCUUGACGACAAUUUUGCCUCUAUUGUCAAGGCUCUGAGCUGGGGCCGCACCGUUAACGACGCGGUAAAGAAGUUUUGUCAGUUUCAGUUCACGAUCAACAUUACAGCUGGUAUUAUCACGGUCAUAUCGGAGCUUGUUGGAGACUCCAUUUUCACAGUUGUUCAGCUUCUCUGGAUCAACUUGAUCAUGGAUAUCUUUGCGUCCCUCGGGUUGGCCACGGACCACCCGUCGCCCGACUUCUUAAAGCGAAAGCCAGAACCACGUAACGCCCCGAUUGUUAGCAUUACCAUGUGGAAGAUGAUUCUCGGCCAGUCCAUCUACCAGCUACUUGUCGUCUUCCUAGUACACUACAUCGGAUGGGAUAUUUUCAAUCCCGGCACAAAGAACGAAGUUGAGAAGCUGCAAACGUUGGUCUUCAACAUUUACGUCUGGAUGCAGUUUUUUAAUCAGCACAACUGCCGACGAGUUGACAACAAGCUCGAUAUUUGGUAUCAAGGCGUGCUGCGCAAUCCAUGGUUUAUUGGUGUCCAAUGCCUUACCUUGGCUGGCCAGUUUAUCAUCAUCUUCAAGGGUGGUGAAGCCUUUGACACAGAACCCCUCUCCGGUGCCCAGUGGGGUUGGAGUAUGCUCUUCGGUAUCCUUACAAUCCCACUUGGUGCGCUGAUCCGCCAAGUUCCCGACCGAUGGGUCCUGCGAUUUUUCCUCGACGUCAAGUCGGCCUUCCUCACCGUCACUGGCCCCGUACGACGUUGUCUGCCGCGCCUGCGCAGAAACAAGAAGCAGCAAAAACAGGACGAGGAGCAGGCGGCGAAACAUCCCGAACCCUUGAACGCGGUGGAGGAGAUGGUCUCGCGCCGGGGCCGCCAGCUUCUUCAGCAGCUCAAGGGCGAGGGCGAGGACCUGGAGAUGACGGCCGAGCAGCGACACGCGCUGGAAGUUGCCGCCCAGCGUGCACGGGACGAUGGCGCCGAGCAAGAAGACAAGCUCGAACGCGAGGUUGACCUGCUCGGUCUGAUCGAGGCCGCCAAGGUUGGUCGCGCUCUCAAGCGCGACGUUCUCGAGAUCCAUCCCCGCACGCCCAAGGAGGACCCGAUCCUGGGGACAUGGAUCAACCACCGCGUGCCUCCGAGCCAGGACGAAAAUAUCCUGCGGUACAUCAACGCUGGCAGGGACGAGGACGCUGCGCAGCGCCAACAUCGGCGCAAUAGGGUCCCGGCGCGCCAUCGCUGGGUCGAGCAGACGAGGCCGCAGCAGCUAACACACACGCGACCCAAGGCGCGCAACGGCUUUACGUGGGAGUCUUUCUUGCGUUCCAAGCGUCGAUAG